UAGUCACCUGUAAACUGUAAUCUCUCUAAACCCUAAUCUCACCGUCUUCAUCAAAUCUCCAGUCGUUAAGCGUUACAGCCAUUUUGGCUCCUCAAUCUGAUACUCCCAGAGCUUCGCCGUCUCUUGCAUUCGGUCUGUGAUACCUGCAACAGCCUAUCAACCAUGGCGACCAAUUACGAGUACGACGAAGCAGCGGGCACCUUCGAUGAACAGCGUCAAGACCUGGGUUACGACCCCAACUUCGUUCCUGACUCCGUGAAAUCAUUCGUUGUGCACCUCUACCGCUACAUCAGGGAGAAGAAUGUCUACGAGAUCGACCAGAUGUACGAGACGUCGUUCCAGAACCUCUCGGAGCGCUUGUUCAAGGACACUCCCUGGCCCUCUGUCGACGCCGUCUCAGUCUACGUCGACAACGACCACGUCUUCUGCCUUCUCUACCGGGAGAUGUGGUAUCGCCACUUGUACGCACGGCUCUCGCCGACGCUUCGCCAGCGGAUCGACAGCUGGGACAACUACUGUAGUCUCUUCCGUGUUGUUCUGCACGGUGUCGUCAAUAUGCAGUUGCCUAACCAGUGGCUUUGGGACAUGGUUGAUGAGUUUGUCUACCAGUUUCAGUCUUUCUGCCAAUACAGGGCAAAGAUGAAGAACAAGACCGAGCAGGAAAUUGCCCUUUUGAAGCAGCACGACCAGGCUUGGAAUGUGUAUGGAGUGCUGAACUUCUUGCAAGCACUUGUGGAGAAGUCUACGAUUAUUCAAAUACUUGAGCAGGAGAAGGAGGGUCUUGAACAAUUUACUGCCACUGAUGGGUACGAUUACAAUGGUGGGAGCAAUGUCUUAAAGGUGUUGGGUUAUUUCAGCAUGGUGGGUUUGCUACGAGUUCAUUGUCUUUUGGGUGACUAUGAUACUGGUCUGAGGCGCUUACAGCCUAUCGACAUCAGUCAACAAGGUGUUUUUACCAGUGUUAUAGGAAGCCACAUAACUACCAUCUAUCAUUAUGGGUUUGCCAACCUUAUGUUGCGGAGGUAUGUGGAGGCCAUUCGUGAAUUCAAUAAGAUUCUUUUAUACAUAUUCAAGACCAAGCAAUAUCAUCAGAAGUCUCCACAGUAUGAGCAGAUACUUAAGAAGAAUGAGCAGAUGUAUGCAUUGUUGGCAAUUUGUCUUUCCCUUUGCCCUCAGGUGAACCUUGUUGAUGAGACCGUGAACACUCAGCUGCGUGAGAAGUAUGGUGAAAAAAUGACCAGAAUGCAGAGGUGUGAUGAUGAUGCAUUCAUUAUCUACGAUGAGCUCUUCUCAUAUGCAUGCCCUAAGUUCAUCACCCCCUCUGCUCCUAGUUUUGAGGAACCUCGUGUAAAUUACAAUCAGGAUGCCUACAGAUUGCAGUUGAAGCUGUUUCUUUAUGAAGUGAAGCAACAACAGUUGUUAUCAGGUGUUCGCACCUUCCUGAAAGUGUAUUCUACCAUCUCUCUUGCAAAGCUUGCAAAUUACAUGAAUGUUGAUGAGCCCGCUCUCAGGACUAUCUUGAUGACAUACAAGCACAAGACACAUGUUGUUGACUCCAAUGGGAAGACUAUCUCAAAUGCUGAUAUGGAAUUUUACGUUGAUGAUGACAUGGUUUACGUCAGGGAAUUUAAACCAGCAAAGCGCUAUGGUGAUUUCUUCUUGCGACAAAUUGUCAAGCUUGAAGGGGUGAUCAAUGACAUAGACCGGGUAAAGCUGGAGUGAUAUGCCGGACUUCCUCAAAUUUGAACAGCCAGUUACUCCUUUAAUUUGAGAGAAAUUUUGUUUGUUUAUUAGAGAGGACCACCUUUUCAAUUACUUCUAUAUUGCGUUGUGAGGUGCUCAAGGAAUCUGUAGAGGUUGCUAAUCCCGCCUUAUCUCAAGCAUGCUUUGUCAGAUGUGAUAAAGAUAUACAUGUUGGGGGAAGCUCGCUGAUUGUGGAAGUUUAUAUAGUUUUAAGGUAGAAAUGGUUUUUAUUUAGUGGAGGAGUAAUUUAUUUAAGGAAAAGUAGUGAAAAAUGUGUCUUGCUAUCAAAAAUCUCAUAUACUAAGAUUUUAUUGCUGAAAUGCAGUAUUUGACUUGAGUGAUCAGCGGUACUGAUGUGCACUUGACUGCUUAUUGGGUUAUGACAGCAUAAACGCAAACCAAAAUUCCUCAAUU